AUUUCCAACAAUAAAUAACACAAAUACCAUACUUAUCUGUUAGCGCAGUCGAAAGAUGCCGGAAGAGACAACUAGAUCUGUGGACGAAAUAGCUCGUAUUGCCAACAAUCGGGCUGUAGCAAAAGCGCGACUGGAGCAGCGGAACAUUACAAAAGCUGUGGAGCCCAAUGUUACCGGCUCUGUCCCAGUAAAUGCCGAGGCCAAACCGACGGCCGUACAAAGAAAAAGACGAGCAAUUGAUCUGAACUACUGCGAGUACAACUUUGCCACAAUGAAGGAUACGAAAGGAGGGUUUAUUCUGGAGGAACAAGGCAUGCCAGAUUCCAAGAAGCAAAAGCAUGAAGAAAAGACGGUCGUUUAUGAGCCACCGAUUGAUCUGGUCAUGGAGAAUAACCCUCGAUGUGAGGCAUGUCAGUCGAUAGACGUUGACCCUCACUUCCAAAAGCACUUUCGCAUUGAGGUGUGCCGUUCCUGUAAAGACAAACAUUCAGAGAAAUAUAGCCUGUUGACUAAAACUGAGUGUAGAGAGGAUUAUCUUUUGACAGAGAGCGAACUCCGUGAUAGUAGUCGUUUACCACAUUGGGAACGUCCAAAUCCACACAAGUCGACAUAUAGCAAUAUGCUGUUGUAUCUGCGUUUUCAGGUCGAGAAAUUUGCUUGGGAGAAAUGGGGUAGCCCAGAGGCACUGGAUCGAGAGUUCGAAAGUAGGGAGAGGGAGAAGAAGGAACGAAAAGAGAAAAAGUUUAAGUCAAAGUUGAGCGAAUUGCGAAAAAAGACGCGAACUAGCACCUGGCAAAGAAGAGCGGAUGAAACGCACGUACACAAGUUCGGAGAGCCUCAACUACUUGAAGGAACGGGCGAAUAUAAACAAACCUGCGCAUGUGGUAUCAGCAACAUAUAUGAGACUUUAUGAAUUACAUUAAAGGGAGAACCGAAUGACGGUUUACAUCCUCAAUCCAGGUAUCUCCGAAGGCGGUGGAGCCGGUGGCAAGAAUCGCCCUAGCAUUCGUCUUCCACAUCUGCUCCAUUGCGGUAGGAUGGAGAGUGGAAACCACGGACACCGGCGCCCUCUGGAUGGCGCUCGCGUCUGGUAAUAGAAUACAGCAACCGCACACAGGCUGUGGACAUACAAGAACAUGAUACUAUUACCCAAAUAGCACAAAUUGCUACAAAGGGAGACUGUUUAUAGCUCGUGGCCCUAUGCGAAUAGUGUGCUUUUUGCAGUAACUUUUAAUAGAGCACUUUUCAAAACUUUCCAAGG